UGAAUGAAACCAUAUGAUCGAUGGAUAAUAAAAAAGUUUUUAAGUGAUUACUUUCUUCAGCGUUCCUCACUUGAAAACCAUAUGGAAAGUCGAUGCUUGCUUUUAAAUAUCUUCAAUUAUGGGGAAUUCUUUAUAUUGCCUUGAUUUUUAAAAAUAACAAUAAAAUAAAAAAUUCUUAAAAAUUCCAUCGAAUACGAACAAACAAAAAAAAAAUGAUUGUUGAUAAAGCGGAUAUGGUUAGCGAGCAUGCUUGGACAAAGUUGCUCAAUGAACAUGAUACGACGGCAACGGGCAAAGGCGCUGUGAUUACUAAAAUGAUGUCACAUAACGAUAAUAGUUUAAUUAGAGAUUUUAAGCAACAGCACAACAACAACAAUAAUAGUCAUAAUAAUAACCAUAGCCCUGCUAGCGAAGCCAGUCCAUUAACAGGCGAACAUAAUACCGUCCAGCAAUUAAAUGGUGGCAGCGGCAUGGUAGGUGGCCCUAGUAACGGCACGGUUACCAUAUGCCUGGGCAAAGAUGAUAUAAACGAUACUACAAAAUUGAAUGCCAACAUUGGAGAUAUGAAUGAGAAAACUGUACAAAUACAACGCAAAGAGUCCUUGCUUGGAACAUUCCAUAAACAUUUACGAAGAUCGAUAAAGGCCGUCAGUGAAUCACCGGGACCGAUAACGAGGUAUCGCCAGACACGAUUCAGUUCGCGACGUGUAAGAAAACGUGUAAUAUUCAAGCAUGGUGAUUGCAACGUGGUGCAAGGAAACGUAGCGAAAAGACGGCGUAGAUAUCUGCAGGACAUCUUUACCACACUUGUGGAUGCACAGUGGCGCUGGACAUUGUUAGUAUUCGCUUUAAGUUUUCUCAUAUCGUGGGCAUUUUUUGGUUUCAUCUGGUGGACGAUUGCCUAUGCACACGGUGACCUCGAAUGGAUAUAUAUGCGUGAUUAUCAGCCAGAAUUAAUACAAAAUCAAACGCAUCGUAUGUGUGUAACGGAAGUGAGGAGUUUCACUUCAGCAUUUUUGUAUUCCAUUGAAACUCAACACACAAUCGGUUACGGCAAUCGAUUUGUAACGGAAGAGUGUCCCGAAGCCAUUUUUACCAUUUGUCUGCAAUGCAUUAUGGGUGUAUUUAUACAAGCAUUUAUGGUUGGCAUAGUAUUUGCGAAACUAUCGCGGCCCAAGAAACGAGCACAAACCCUGCUAUUCUCCCGAAAUGCUGUGAUAUGCCAUCGAGAUGGUGUGCCAUGUUUAAUGUUUCGCGUGGGUGAUAUGCGAAAAUCGCACAUAAUUGAGGCUCACGUAAGAGCCCAGAUAAUCAGAAAAAAGGUUACUAAAGAAGGUGAAGUGUUACCUUUCUAUCAGCAAGAGUUACAAGUUGGUGCUGAUGGCGGUGAAGAUCGCUUGAUGUUCAUAUGGCCUACAACCAUAGUGCAUAAGAUAGACUGUAAUAGUCCUUUGUACAUGUUAUCAGCUUCCGAUAUGCUCAAGGAACGUUUUGAAGUUGUGUGCAUGUUAGAAGGUGUUAUUGAAUCGACGGGGAUGACAACACAAGCUCGUAGUAGCUAUUUACCUUCAGAGAUUUUGUGGGGACAUCGUUUUGUCAACGUUGUAUCAUUCCGUAAAGAUACUGGAGAAUACGAAGUGGAUUAUACCUUAUUCAACAAUACUUAUGACGUGGAUACGCCCUUGUGUUCAGCUAAGGAAUUGGACGAUCUCAAACUCGAUUACGCCAAGAAUAAUAAAACCGGCUUUGAUCGUGCCUUAUCAGCCGGUUUGCUGCAACACAUAUCCUCCUCGCCCUCGUCACUGGUCGAUCAUAUGGAGCCCGCCAGUGAUGAGAGUUUAGAUUCAAAUCGUUUACAAAUGCGAUCUAAUUCCAUACCCAAUGGUCAUCUGCUGGCAGCUGACUUGGAGCCCUUAACAAAUAAUAACAAUAAUAAUAAUAAUAAUAACAACAACACGCCGUCAUUUACUAUGGGUGGUUCGAAAAUAAUACCAACCAUUACUACAAAUAACUAUAAAAGUAUUAAUGAGAAAACAAAUUCCAUUAGUCAUCACAAUAAUAACAACAAAAACCAUAACAAUAACAAUAAUCAUAACAGUAGUACAAUAAUGCAGAAUGCAAAAACAAAAGUUUCUAAUACGCGACGUCUUUCCAUAAAGCAAGAUCAGUUACCCAGAGAUUCGUUGUGCUGA